AUGUCGAACCAUCCUAAUCCUAUUAUGCACGACCUUGUCACUGCCCUGGAGCCUCAGAUGUGCCAUACUUGUCAGGUCAGUGGCGUAACUGGUCUCUCGUUGUCCGUUCUUUCGGGCGGAAAAGAAGCAUACGCAAAACACUUUGGCUUCAGGGACCCUGAGGCAAAGGAAGCGCCAGAUGGCGAUACAACUUACUUCAUUGGCUCAGUUACCAAAGGAAUGCUCACAACUGAGACAUUAUGCCAUACCGAGACAGCUACCAUUGCAACUCAGCACUCGUCAGGUCUGGGCGAUGCAUGCGAUUGGAUUCCUCAAAUGAUUGUCCACAAACUGUCAGGCAGGGCCAAGAGCAUCGACUUUCUGAAGUUUCUGAAUCUUACUACUGUCGCUGCGAAGGCGGCCCCAGAUCCGGCGGUGAAAAUGGAAGAUGAGCUUCAAAUGAGACGGGAAAGAGGCACUGGACAUUCGAACCUCGAGGCAUAUACGGGCCGAUACUGGAAUUCUCUUCGAAAUUCCCGCAUUAAUGUCAGCGUCCGCAAUGACCCUCUCUACGUCAAUUUUCAAGGUAUCGUGAACGAGACUUAUGAGCUGAGGCACUAUCAUCACAAUUCGUGGACAUGGAAUGUGUGA